AAGAGUGGUGGUGGAUAAAAAUUUGGCGAAUUUGGAAAGAAAUCACGAAAUCUAGUAAUCUAAGAAGAAUAUUACAUUAUAUCGUCAAGAUUAGGAGCGCACAAUUACUAAACUUAAUAAUUAUACUAGAAACAAACUUCCUAUCAUGAAUCCAUGUUCUGUGGCGGCUCCACAACAAGAUACUGAAGGUGAUGGCAGAUGGAAUAGCAUUCAUAAUAGAUUUCUUUCGGAUGCCAAAGGAAAAGAUGCAGACGUCAUAUUCAUAGGGGACUCUGUGUUACAAGCUUUAGAACAUACUGAAGUUUGGAAUCAAUGGUUUGCACCACUCCAUUGCCUUAAUUUUAGCAUUUACAAAGACCAAACUCAAAAUGUUCUGUGGCGUAUAAAAAAUGGUGAACUUGACCAUGUCGAUCCAAGAGUAAUAGUAUUGCAUGUGGGAACUAAUGAUGUUGAUCACACACCUGAACAAGUCUGCCAAGGAAUUUUAGAAAUAGUCCAAACUAUCAGGGAGAAACAUCCAAGUGUUUAUAUAGUAUUACCUAGUCUACUCCCACGGGGUCAGUAUCCAAAUGUAUUAAGAGAGAAAAAUUCCAAAAUCAAUCAACUUUUGCGGGAAAAAGUUGCUUGCAUGAAAAAGGUAGAAAUGGUUACUAUAGAUAAAGGUUUUAUACAAAAUGAUGGUACAAUUAGUCACCAUGAUAUGCAUGACUACCUCAUACCAACGAAUGCAGCUUGUCGGAAGGCCUUUGAACCUGUUUAUGAUCUCUUACAACAGAUAUUGUUAGAAGGUGAACCAGAAAAAGACUUGACACCCUCUGAAUAACACUAGCAUAUUGAUAAAAGACACUCAGUUGCUUAUUAUUGCGCAGCGCAGCAAGCUUAUUGUGAUUAAAUAGUAGUACUUAAAUUUAGCUUUUUUAUCUAGACAUAAGUGUCAAAUAUUUUAUAUUAAUUUAUUUGUUUUCCUGUUUUAAUUUUACAUUCCAAAUUGAUCAUUUUAUACAUUGGCUGUGUUAUUUGUUAUAAGGCCUACAAAAUUAUUGCAUAAAAAGUAAAUAAAAUUCACUUUACUUAUUAGGUUAACUGGCACUUUUAUGUAUUGAAUCUAACAGUACUAGCGUUUAUUUAAAAAUAGACUAAAAUGUUGUGAUUACCAGAACUUUGUUAGUAGAGCAUUUUGUGACAGAGCUGUACCAGGGAAAUAAUCCCGCCAUGCUUAUUUGUGCCACGCAGGUACAGGCAUAUGAGCCUUAACACCUACUGCUCAGGUUGAUGGACGCAGAGUGGCAUUCCCUUGCUCUUUUUACGUUGCUCUUUUUAUCCAGUAACUAUCUGUUUGGUUACUAUAAUAUACUUUAAAAAAAAUUUGGAAUUUAUUGCUAUUAAAAUGACGCUAAAGUAAAUACUGUAUGUGUACCUAAUUUAUUGAGUAAUUUGUCAGUUACAAAUAACAUAUAUAUGGUAUUUAAAACUCCAUCGUAAUCCAAAAAUCUAUAAAGAUCUCAUAAUCACAAAAUUUACACCAAUUAUGUAGUUUAUAUAGUAUUCUAUGUAGGUAUAGUCAGGGCUGUAGCAAUAUUACAAGCCACCAGGGUCAUUAUAUUUAGAUGCCCUAAUAAACCAAUUUUUUUUUAUUUUGAUUAAUAUACAAUCAUUUUGAAUCUUGUGUGGCAGUUUGCUAUGAAUCCUCACUUCAACCCAAUAUACAAUAUAUAUAUAUAUUGAUAUUCCUUAGGGAGCUCUCUCAAUUAAAUGUAUCUCAAAGUUAGUUCUAUAAGUAGGUAACUCUCAAAAUAUGUUUUACACAUUUCAGUAUAAGGAGUAAACCAUGUAAUACAUAUCACCUAUGUAUAAUCACCUAACUUUGCAUAAUAAAUUUGUAACUAAAUCCUAAAAUUGACAGCCCUAAAAGUUGUGCUGUCCUUUUCAUAAUUAUUCGCAUGGAAAAGGAUAGACUAUUUUAGAUUUAACAAUUUACUAUAGAUUUUUGUAUAACAAUUGGCACCAAUUGUUGUCUUAAAUUCGAGGUCAAUGUAAAAAAGUACACCUAGAACAGGGUUAUAGUACUUACUUUAGGUGUUAUUAUUUUUGUACAUAAAAUAAAUCAAAAGUACCAGUGAAUCUAUUUUUUUAUAAUUUUCAGUAUGUAAAUGUUACAAAUGUGCCAGUGAUUCAAUAAAACAAAACUGUUCAAUUUUUACAUGAUUGUCUUGAGUGUGUGGUAUACAACAGAUUUGUAUGUUCAAUAUGGUAAAAAGAUGUUUUAUUUUUUAUUUUUAUAAGGUGUAUAUUUCCUAUCGUGAAUUUGUAGCUUACCAAAGAUUUCUUCACUUUUAGAACCAAAGCUAACAUUGUUUCAAUCUGGAUAUCAAAUUAUAAAGUGAAACAAAUCUAUCGUCUUAGAUUAGUUAGUUAUAUUAAGUCUAUAAGCAUUUGCAUUUAGUGACAAUUCAAGGCAGGUUAUCAUUUUACCACAAUAAGCAUACUCGUAACUAAGAAAGAGAGACAUGUAAGGAAAAUAUUGGCCAUCCUUAAGAACGAAGAUUAUGGUUACCAAAAAACAAUUAUUGCAGGUGUUGAAACUAGUCUGUAUAUUUUGUAAAGUCAGUAAUUUUUUAAUUUUGAGUAAGUAAUUUCAGUAUUUUUAACAACAAUCGAUUGUUGAAAAUAUGAAUUUACAACGAUAAUAUAUUGUUAGAAAGUACCGAAUUUACUGCCUCAAAAUCCAAAAUUACUGACUUUCGACCCCUGCAAUUCUACGUAAGAUCAUCGCAUGUUAGCAUCACGAUUUUUUUUUGAAAAUCAUGUGAAUGUCCUAUUUAAUAUUCUCUCUCCAGUUACGUUUAUGAUAGUAAGUUGUUAACACUACUUGGAAGUCUCAGGGUCACUUCUAUUUAUAUUAUAAGUGAAACCAUACUUGGACUGUUAACAAAAUUUAUUGUCCUAAGGAUAUCUACAGCAAUUAUUUUAUGGUACUAUUAUAUUAUUAUACUCGAGAUGCCAAACCAUGCUUGAAUCUCAAAUGUGAUUAUUUAUUUGCAUGAAUGAAUUAGCUUGAAAGUAAAAAUGCAUCUUCUAUAAA